GCAUUCGCUCACAGGUGAGGGACCUCUUUACUGACUUUGCUGAACUUUUGCUGUGGAUUUUUGUAGUCAUGUCAGAGGAAGAAGAAUUGGACUACCACACAGCCAUUCAAAAAGCAGGGAAGCAGCUGUGUCGCUUCCCCUUAGUGACUGUGAGGGGUGUUCCUCUCAUGUGUCACAUCGCAGACAACUUUGAACACAUCUGGGCUUUCAGACCGGACCCUUCAGAUCUCCUCAUCGCGACGUAUCCAAAAGCAGGAACAACAUGGACUCAGGAAAUAGUUGAUUUGCUUCUAAACAAUGGAGAUCCUGAGGCGUGUAUGCGAGCCCCCACACCGGUUCGCAGCCCCUUUCUUGAGAUCUUCUCUCCUAAACCCAUCCCCUCAGGUCUCGAUCUUCUGAAAAAAAUGACCCCCCCAAGAAUGAUAAAGACACACCUACCCUUUCAGCUGGUACCUCUAGGCUUCUGGGAAAACAAGUGCAAAACAAUAUACGUGGCACGCAACGCCAAAGACAACCUCGUGAGCUACUACCACUUUGACCGCAUGAACCAAACCCAACCAGAGCCGGGCCCCUGGGAUAGCUACAUUCACAAGUUCAUGCAAGGAGACGGUAAUGGGAUGGGCUCCUGGUAUGAUCAUGUGAGUUACUGGGCGGAGAGAGAAAAGAGGAACAUCUUGUAUCUGUUUUAUGAGGACAUGAAGGAGAACCCCAGGCGGGAAGUGGAGCGCAUCAUGAGGUACCUGGGACUGUCCCUCUCUGAUGAAGUCAUCAGUCAGAUUGUGGAGCUGACCUCGUUUAAAAGCAUGAAAGAAAAUCCCAUGUCCAACUACUCCUGUGUCCCAAAACUUGUGUUUGACGACAGCAUUUCUCCGUUUAUGAGAAAAGGUGAAGUAGGUGACUGGAGAAACCAUUUUACUCCUGAGCAAUCAAAGAUGUUUGAUAAAGAUUACAAAGAGAAAAUGAAAGAUGUGGACAUACCAUUCAGGGAUCUCAUUUAACAGAUACAAAUCUGAAGAUAAAGGAUAUAUGCAGCAACCAAAGACAGAUGAACUGGUGAAUCUUUACCCAUAUUGUAAAAAAUCAAUUUGAAUGUUUUCUAUGAUCCGGUGUUGAACAAUAUAAUAUAAUAAUUGUAUAAUAAAGAUUUUUACACAAGUGAGGAAAUUUGUAAUCAUCAAUUUAUUGCAGUUGAUCACGUAAACAAUAUAUAAGACCAAAAGUGUUGUGACUGAGUGUCCAUUUGUAUCUUGAGACAUUCAAAAAAGUCCACUGACUGCAUGGAGUCUAAAGGGAGCGCUGGCAGCUGCAAGCAUGAGCUUUUCUGCCCAUAUGAAGUCAACUCUACACCAAGCUGUACAGUGCCCAGCCAAAGCAA